AUGAGCUGUCAGAGAAUCAGUCAUAAGCGGCUGUCUCUGCUAUGGGAGGGGGCGGCUCUCAGCCUGUGGCUCUGCUGCUGCUGCUGCUGGACCUCCAGGGCCGCCGCCGCCGCUGCCGCCGCCGGACAAGGCGACAGCGCCCUCGGCUCCCUGGGCUGGCUGCUGUCCGAUAAAGGGCCCUUCCACCAGUCACUAGAGUUCACGGAGGCUGCGGAGAGAUACCAGCAGGGCUUCAGCACCAGAUACAAGAUCUACAGGGAGUUUGGCCGAUGGAAGGUCAACAGCCUGGCGGUAGAGAAGAGGGACAGUUUUGGUGGCAGCGGCGGUUUGGCUCUGCCCCUCGACCCCGACUUCAUACACACCAUUCGCCAGCUGGGGAGGCGGCCAACCCUCCAGACGAUUACAGAGAGUCUAAUCAAGAAAUAUGGCACCCACCUCCUCCUCUCUGCCACUCUUGGAGGGGAAGAGUCUCUGACGAUAUUCGUGGACAAGAGGAAGCUCAGCCAGGAGUCUUCACCCUCGGGGGCCGAGGCCGGCCGUAACGGCAACAGGAACUCAAACACCACGGGGACGGUGACCCUGGAAGCCCUUCACCAGCUGGCUGCUUCCUACUUCACCGACAGAGAGAGCACCCUUCGCAGGCUGCACCACCUCCAGAUCGCAUCCACCGCCAUACGGGUAUGUUCGAAAACCAGAACUGGGCCGCUCGGAUGCAGCAACUACGACAACCUGGACACAGUCAGCUCGGUGCUGGUUCACAGUCCAGAGAACAAGGUUCAACUACAAGGGCUGCAGGUCAUCCUACCCGGCUAUUUACAAAGCCGCUUCAUUCACGCGGCUCUCAGCUACAUUGGCUGUAAAUCUGAGGGCCAGUUUGUCUGCCAGAACAGUGACUGCUGGUGCGAGUGCAGCGUGGACUUCCCUCGGUGCAACUGUCCCCUCUCUGACCUGGAGACUCUGGAAAACAACCUGCUGCACAUCAGAGACUCCUGGAGGCUGACCAACCAGGAGUUUGAAGAAUCCGAGGAGUUCCAGAGCUUUGUUGGGAAACUGCCAACCCAUUAUGCUGUAAACACAUCUGUCGUGGAACACUUGUGGAGGACAGAUGCCAGCCUGCUCCAGCGCUACAGGCACCUGGAGACCAGUAGCAACCAGCUUUUCGCCAAAGCUCGCCGCACCACUAACAAGCUCUUCAGCCUAAGCAGGAGGUGCCGGAAACAGCCCAAAAUAGUCCUGCAGCGGCCGAGGCCUCUGCACUUUUGGUUGAGCUACGCCCUCUCCAUUUUAUACUGCAGUGAGAACAACCAGGUUGGUGUUUACAGUGACGAAAGCCACAGCUGCUCCUGCCCCUACAGCCAUCCACCUUGUCAGGGCCUCAUUCCCUGCUCUGUGGGCGACGGAGCCCGCUGCGCCUCCUGCUCCACUGAGAACCGGACACGAUGCUCCAGCUGUAACUCCGGCUUCACCCUGACCCAGGGAGCCUGUCGGCCUGCCGUGCCCGACCCUACAGACCCCUACCUGGGCUUGGAGAGCGACCGAGACCUGCAGGAUCUAGAGCUGCGCUACCUGCUGCAGCGGCGGGACCCGCGCAUCUCUCUGCAUGCUGUGUUCGUGAGCAAUGACGUGCGUGUAAACACGUGGUUCGACCCGUCCUGGAGGAAAAGAAUGCUGCUCACCCUCAAGAGCAACCGAGUGAAGUCCAACCGUGUUCAUAUGCUGCUCGGACUCGCCCUCCAGUUUUGCCUCACUAGGAACAGCACUCUGGAGCCGGCCCUGUCUCUGUUUGUGAAUCCCUUCGGGGGAAGCCAUUCAGAGAGCUGGACCAUGCCUAUAGGCCAGCACGGAUACCCUGACUGGGAGCGGACCAAGCUGGAUAUCCCUUUGGACUGCUAUAAUUGGACGUUAACUCUUGGAAACAGAUGGAAGAGCUUUUUUGAGACAGUUCAUUUCUACCUGAGGAGUCGUAUAAGGGACUCUGUGGGAGCGACAGGAGGAAACAAAAACACAACGGUGUACUAUGAGCCUCUGGAGGAGACGGAGCCGUCCAACAACAUCGGCUACAUGAAAGUGAACAGCAUGCAGCUGUUCGGAUACAGCGUGCACUUUGACCCAGAGGCAAUCCAGGACCUGAUUCUGCAAAUAGACUACCCGUACACUCAGGGAUCACAGGACUCGGCCCUGCUGCAGCUGGUGGAGCUGCGCUACAGGGUUAACCGUCUCUCGCCUCCAGGGGCCCCACAUGUCGAUCUGUUCGCCUGUCUGCUCCGCCACAGACUCAAACUGUCCAGCGCAGAUGUGACCAGGAUACUCACUGCCCUGCAAGCUUUCAGUGCCAGACAACCAAACUACGUGGAGUACGAGGCAAAUAAACUGUGUAGUUAA